CUGCCUCCUUACCCUGCAUAUUCGCGGGGCGUCGGAGAUGGCGCGUUAUUGUGGAGCUUACGUGACCUCCCCUGAACUUUGUACGCCAACCGCCGAAAGCCCCGUUUUGACAGCCACGCGUAACUCGUCUCCCAACCUUGUUCAUCAGGUGCCUGACCAGUCGAUUUCCAAACUCUUCACACGUCCGUUCACCUGCAACAACUCGACCGAAAGAAAACCAUCCACUAUCUCAUAUCAAAACUCGUACACCCCAACCAUGCCCUUCCCCGAGCCCGUGAGACUAGAGGACGAGACCGAGGAGGAGAGGCGUUUACGGCAGGAAAACCGAGAGCGGGUGACUCGUUUGGAGACUGAGGCGGUGAGGACGGCGAAUGAGGAGAUUACUGCAGCUGAGGCUCAGGUAGACGCCUCGCGCAAAUUGGCUGCCAAGGAAGCCGACCGUCAGAUGGAAGCCGAGCGACAGAGACGGAUUGUGGAGGCUGAGAAGGGUAGUAUCCAGGAAGAGCUGUUGAAGAAGCAGAAUAUUGAGAAGGCUAUUGCGUUGGAAGAGCAAGAACAACGCCGCCGAGUCUUGGAAACCAACCAGUCCGAGGAAAUCGGCCUGGCGAUACGCCGAACGUGCGGAAAGGCCGUUGAUGAGUGGGCAGAUCAAGAGAAAGCACGCCGUAGCAUUGAAGAUCUCUCAUCCCUCCCCGCCGCCACACGGACCCAAAAAGAGCAAAUAGGGCAGGAAGUCGUGCGGGAGGUGCAGCGACGCCGGUCUUCGGCUUCUGAGCGUGCUAAUCCACAGCAGCAGCAGCAGCAGCAGCAAGGAUCUGCGUAUACGUAUGGAGCUGGAGCGGGCAAUGAGAGCCAGAUCCCGCGAUCGGCUGGGGCUGCUUCGGCGGAGCAGCAGCAGCAGCAGCAGGCGAGGAAUGCGCAGGCUGAGGUUAAGGUUGGAGGGAAGUGAGGAGGAUGAAAUGGAUUUGUGGACAUGCCUUUCCGUCAUGAGCAUUGCACAGUUGCAGAGAGUAUUUGGGGGUGAAUGUGGAGUGCAUCGUUUGCGUGCCAUAUGUUUUUGGAUAUAAGGUUGAAUCUGAAGUUUAAGAGCCCAUCGGGAAUUGG